AUGCCAUCGGUGGCCUUCUUCAUCGCUCUGGGCCUGCUGCCCGCCGUGGCGCUCGCCACAAAGACCGUCGACACGGCCAACGGCGAGAUCGUCGGCCAUGUCUCGUCCUCCCACGCCGGUGUCGUCGAGUAUCUGGGCAUUCCCUUUGCGCAGCCCCCGGUCGGCAGCCUGCGGUUUGAGGCCCCGGCCAAGCGUUGCAAGCAGGUGUGGAAUGACGGGCUAGACGGGCUAAUCAGAAUGAACAGCGAUUGCCCAUAUACCCUCUCGUCCGCCUACUCGUAUCCAGACGAGUAUGAGCCGGUCUUCACCGAUGUCAUGAAGGCCUUUGUCGGCUCCGAGUACAACCGCACCCAGAGCGAGGACUGUCUGACGCUGAACGUGUGGGCCAACAACGACAGCGAUGAGAAGAAGCCCGUCUACGUGCACUUUUAUGGCGGCCGAUACACCUCUGGGGCGACCAACACGCCCUUCUACUCGGGCGCCGACCUGGCCAGCACCGAGGACGUCAUCGUCGUCACCGCCAACUACCGGAUGAACGUCUUUGGCUUCCCCGGCAUCCCAGACCACUCCUCGAAUCUGGGUCUGUUGGAUCAGCGCGCCGCCGUGGAGUGGGUGCGCGACAACAUCGCCGCCUUUGGCGGCGACGCAAGCCGCAUCGUCAUCUCCGGCCAGUCCUGCGGCAGCGCCAUGGUCGACUACUGGGCUUACGCCUGGCCCGAGGACCCCAUUGUCGCCGGCAUCAUCUCCCACUCGGGCACCUCCCUGAGCUUCGAGGUCAACUCCGCCGACCUGUCCGCCCAGCACUGGGCCGACCUCACCGGUCUCCUGGGCUGCAACACCACCGCCGACGCCCUCGCCUGCAUGAAGGAACAGACUGUCGCCGACCUGCUCGCCAUGGCGGCCACCAUUGCGCCCCCGGCCAGCACCAGCGCUGCCCGCAAACAGCCCUCCUUCGAGCCGACGGUGGACAACGUCACCAUCUUUGCCGACUACGUCACGCUGGCCGACAGCGGCAAGUUUGCGCGUGUGCCCUAUCUGGUCGGCCACAAUGACAACGAGGCCGGCUUCUACAAGAUUGCCGCCUACCUCGAGGGCGCCAAUCUGACCGCCGCCGAAUGGCUCGAGUUCGAGGAAGAGACCUUUGUCUGCCCGUCCGACUUCUCUGCCGCCGCCCGGAUUGCCCACGGAGUCCCCUCGUGGCGGUUCCGCUACUUUGCCGACUGGAACAACACCCGUCUGUACCCGACCAGCGGCGCCUACCACGGCGUCGAUCUCAACAUGGUCUUUGGAAACUCGGCCCUUUACACGGAUAUCCCCGAGUCCGACGCCCAGCUGAAGCUGCAGGCCAAGAUGCAGGCCGCCUGGGCGGCCUUUAUCGCCAAUCCCACGGCCGGUCUGACCAAACUCGGCUUCCCCGAGUUUGACUUGGAUGCUGCCACUCUGAUCAGUCUGGGCUACAACAACGAGGGCGCCAUCACCCUCCGCCACCCGUCCGAGUACAACGCCGCGUGCUCCAACAUUACGCUAUAG